CUAAUUUAUUUUAAAUAAUUGUUUUUAAUAAUUAAAAAAAAAACUGAAUUCGACAAUUAAUUCUCGUCAAGUGCUUGUGUAAAAAGUAAAUGAUGUCAACGCUGAUUGUUUGGCAAUAUGAAGUUUCUUAAACAGUUUACAGUCUCAUUGGAUACGUUAGAUUAGAUCAUAGUUCAGAAAUAUUUAGUGUGUUGAAACUGAUUUCAAAUAUGCUAACAUAUAUUUUCAUCAGCAAUUAUCAUGCGCAAUAACGAUUUAUAGUAGGCAAACAACUUCAGUUUGAAUACAAAAAAAAAGUAUUGCAACGAACUAUGCAGUCGUAAAAUUGUGUACAAACAUUUCACACGCGUUUACAAGAUAAAAUGCGAUCGUUUCGCGUUUUUAUUUUCGCUGCUGUCACAUGUGCCGUUGCGAAUAUUACAAUGGCCGAACUACUGGAUUUUAUUUUAUUGCACACCAACGACAUGCACAGCCAUUUCGAUGAGAUGGAUGCUUAUUGUAACGAAUGUCGGGAAGAAGAGGUGAAGAACAAUAAAUGCUAUGGAGGUUUUGCUAGGGUAGCUUAUACAGUAAAAAGAGAAAAAGAAAAAGCUGCCGCCAAUGGGAUGGAGUCGCUGUUUUUGGUGGCUGGUGAUACUUACCAAGGGACUCCGUACUUUUCUUUUUUCAAAUGGAAACCUGUCGUUGAUUUCAUCAAUCAACUCAAACCAGAUGUUACGACAUUGGGAAAUCAUGAAUUCGAUGCUGGAAUCGCAAAUCUCUUGCCGUAUUUAAACCAUACAAUCAGUAUACCAAUGGUUGUGUCUAAUUUGGACCUAACUAAAGAACCCGAAUUGAAGAAAUACAUUCAAAAAUCAAUUAUUAAGACAAUAAAUGGUACCAAAGUGGGCUUUGUUGGCUAUUUAACACCAGACACUAAAUUUCUAUCCCAACCUGAUGUUGUUGAAUUUAUUGAUGAAAUAGAAGCAUUGAAACGCGAAACAAAACUAUUACUUAAACAAGGAACAAAAAUUAUUAUAGCAUUGGGACACAGUGGAAUAGAAAAAGAUAUUGAAGUUGCCAAACAAGUUGGUGAUAUUGACGUAAUCGUUGGUGGCCAUUCACACACUUUUCUCUAUAGUGGUAAACAACCUGAUAUUGAUAAGCCUCGUGGACCAUAUCCAACUCGUGUAAAUUCAACCAAUGGAAAAAUGAUACCUGUGUUACAAGCCUAUGCUCACACCAAGUACGUUGGUAAAGUUCAUUUAAAAUUCGACUCAAAUGGAAAUCUGCUGCAUAUAGAUGGCUCGCCAAUAUUAAUGGACCACACAAUUCCAAAAGAUGAUGAAAUGGAAAAAAUUAUGAACAUUUGGAGACCUCAAAUCAUUGAAAAAACUGCUGUACGUAUCGGUCGUACAGAAGUUGAACUUAUAAAUACAUGUAUUUCGACUGAGUGCAACAUAGGAAAUCUAAUAGCUGAUGCAUAUGUUUAUAAUAAUGUUUUAUCAACUAAUCAAAGCGGGAAAUAUUGGAGUGAUGCUCCAAUUGGGCUUCUUCAAGCAGGCGGUGUACGUUCAUCUAUUAACGAAACUGGUCAUAAUGGUUAUAUUAGCAUGGGACAACUCAUUACAGUUUUGCCGUUUAUGAAUAAACUUGUAAAAUUAACAAUUCCCGGAAAAAACGUUUUAGAAGCAUUUGAAAGUAGCGUAUAUUAUUAUAAAGAAAAUCAGGGCACUGACCGUUUCUUACAGGUGUCUGGUGCAAUUGUUAAAUAUGACUUAUCAAGACCCCCUGGAAAUAGAGUAGUUUCACUUCUUCUUAGGUGUAAAGAGUGUCGUGUUCCAAAAUAUGAACCUGUCAAACAUGAUGCUAAUUACACUCUUCUAAUGUGUGACUACUUAGCUAUGGGAGGAGAUAAUUUCACUUCCUUUACACACAAUGUAAUGACAUAUGAACGUACUGAUAUUGUUGAUUAUAAUGCAGUUGCUGUAUAUAUGAAUACCACUAGUCCCUUAAUUAUUGGAAUUGAAAAUAGAAUUUCGUUUUCUAAUAAUAAUGACACUAAUAAAAGUAGUGCACACAAUAAUUACACAAUAGUAAUUAAGUUAUUAAUUCUAAGUAUUAUUAUUGUAUUAGCUAACCAAUAACUUGUAUAAUUACGAUUAAAACUAAUUUAAUUACAUAAAAAUGAAUAUUUUUGUAUAGA